GCCUUGCCCUGAGGAGGAAACCCCUACACUAGGGCUCCAAGGAGCUUCCACCCGUCUCCGCCAGUCUCUCUCCACCUGGGGGUCCAGCGUGCUUCGGCCUUCGCCUGCACGCCUGAGACCGGACUAACCUGCACCCAGGGGCUGCGCCGGAGAUCAGCGCACAAGUGCAGGUGGUGUUCCUACUAUUGAGCUGCUCCUGCUACAGCUGGGUAGUCAUUUCUCGCUGUCAAGACAGACACACGCCGGAUAUCGAGGGAGGGAGACGAUGGACUGAGCACAUCCACACCAUGGAGUCCCGGGUCUUACUGAGCACGUUCUGUUUGAUCUUCGGUCUCGGAGCAGUCUGGGGGCUUGGUGUGGACCCCUCCCUACAGAUUGACGUCUUAGCAGAGUUAGAACUUGGGGAGUCCACGACCGGAGUGCGCCAGGUCCCGGGGCUGCAUAAUGGGACGAAAGCCUUUCUCUUCCAAGAUACUCCCAGAAGCAUCAAAGCAUCUGCACCUACAGCUGAACAGUUUUUUCAGAAGCUGAGAAAUAAGCAUGAAUUUACUAUUGUGGUGACCCUGAAACAGACCCACUUAAAUUCUGGAGUUAUUUUCUCAAUUCACCACUUGGAUCGCAGGUACCUGGAGCUGGAAAGCAGCGGCCACCGGAAUGAAGUCAGGUUGCACUACUGCUCGGGCGCCCAGCACCCCCACACGGAAGUGUUCCCUUACAUCCUGGCCGACGACAAGUGGCACAAGCUCUCGUUAGCCAUCAGCGCCUCCCAUUUAAUUUUAUACAUCGACUGCAACAAAAUUUAUGAAAGGGUGGUGGAAAAGCCCUCCACAGACUUGCCUCUGGGCACAACAUUUUGGCUGGGACAGAGAAAUAAUGCACAUGGAUACUUUAAGGGUGUAAUGCAAGAUGUGCAAUUACUUGUCAUGCCCCAAGGAUUUAUUGCUCAGUGCCCAGAUCUUAAUCGCACCUGUCCAACUUGCAAUGACUUCCAUGGACUUGUGCAGAAAAUCAUGGAGCUGCAGGAUAUUUUAGCCAAAACAUCAGCCAAGCUGUCUCGAGCUGAACAGCGAAUGAAUAGAUUGGAUCAGUGCUAUUGUGAAAGGACUUGCACCAUGAAGGGAACCACCUACCGAGAGUUUGAGUCCUGGACAGAUGGCUGUAAGAACUGCACAUGCCUGAACGGAACCGUCCAGUGUGAAACUCUGAUCUGCCCGAAUCCUGACUGCCCACUCAAGUCUGCUCUUACGUACGUGGAUGGAAAGUGCUGUAAGGAAUGCAAAGCUAUUUGCCAGUUUCAAGGACGAACCUACUUUGAAGGAGAAAGAAACACCGUCUAUUCCUCUUCUGGAGUCUGUGUUCUCUACGAGUGCAAGGACCAAACCAUGAAACUUGUUGAAAGUUCUGGCUGUCCAGCUUUGGAUUGUCCUGAGUCUCAUCAGAUUACCUUGUCUCAUAGCUGUUGCAAAGUUUGUAAAGGUUAUGACUUUUGUUCUGAAAGACAUAACUGCAUGGAGAAUUCUGUCUGCAGAAAUCUGAAUGACAGGGCUGUUUGUAGCUGUCGAGAUGGUUUUAGGGCUCUUCGCGAGGAUAAUGCCUACUGUGAAGACGUUGAUGAGUGUGCUGAAGGGCGCCAUUACUGUCGUGAGAAUACCAUGUGUGUCAACACCCCGGGCUCCUUUAUGUGCAUUUGCAAAACUGGAUACAUAAGAAUUGAUGAUUAUUCAUGUACAGAACAUGAUGAAUGCGUCACAAAUCAGCACAACUGUGAUGAAAAUGCUUUGUGCUUUAACACCGUCGGAGGACACAACUGCGUUUGCAAACCAGGCUAUACGGGGAAUGGAACCACAUGCAAAGCAUUUUGCAAAGAUGGCUGUAGGAACGGAGGAGCCUGUAUUGCAGCUAAUGUGUGUGCCUGCCCACAAGGCUUCACCGGACCCAGCUGUGAAACAGACAUUGAUGAGUGCUCUGAUGGCUUUGUUCAGUGUGACAGCCGUGCUAACUGUAUUAACCUGCCCGGAUGGUACCACUGUGAGUGCAGAGAUGGCUACCACGACAAUGGAAUGUUCUCACCAAGUGGGGAGUCGUGCGAAGAUAUUGAUGAGUGUGGGACCGGGAGGCACAGCUGUGCCAAUGAUACCAUUUGCUUCAAUUUGGAUGGUGGAUAUGAUUGUCGGUGUCCUCAUGGAAGGAACUGCACAGGGGACUGCAUCCAUGAUGGCAGAGUUAAGCACAAUGGUCAGAUUUGGGUGCUGGAAAACGACCGGUGUUCCGUGUGCUCCUGUCAGAACGGGUUUGUUAUGUGCCGACGGAUGGUCUGUGACUGUGAGAAUCCUACAGUUGAUCUUUUUUGCUGCCCUGAAUGUGACCCAAGGCUUAGCAGUCAGUGUCUCCAUCAAAACGGAGAAACCUUGUACAACAGUGGUGACACCUGGGUCCAGAAUUGUCAGCAGUGCCGCUGCUUGCAAGGUGAAGUUGACUGCUGGCCCCUGCCUUGCCCGGAUGCGGAGUGUGAAUUCAGUGUUCUCCCAGAGAAUGAGUGCUGCCCACGCUGUGUCACCGACCCUUGCCAGGCUGACACCAUCCGCAAUGACAUCACCAAAACUUGCCUGGACGAGAUGAAUGUGGUUCGUUUUACUGGGUCUUCUUGGAUCAAACACGGCACUGAGUGUACCCUCUGCCAGUGCAAGAAUGGCCACAUCUGUUGCUCAGUGGAUCCACAGUGCCUUCAGGAACUGUGAAGUUAACUGUCUCAUGGGAGAUUUCUGCUUAAAGAAUGUUCUUUCAUUAAAAAGACCAAAAAAAAAAAAAAAGAAGAAGAAGAAGUUAAAACUUAAAUUGGAUGAUUUGUGGGCAGCUAAAUGCAGCUCUGCUAAUAGCUGAGUGAACUUUCAAUUAUGAAAUUUGUGGAGCUUGAGAAAAAUCACCAAAGGAAAAUUAUUGCCGCAACAUUAGACCAGAAGACUGUCUCUGCUGUGUCUGACACCACUGCGGAGAAGAAUGGGCAGAGAACGCACGCCAGGACGUGACCUUGGACAGAGAGCCUGAGCCCAUCGGAGUUCUGAAAGUCUCUAGCUUCAGUGGUGCAGAAAAUGUUCCUUUAGAUCAGAAUCUUCACAAAUCAGCUAGGUUCCUCACUGCAAAAAAAUGAAAUGUACGCAGUGAAUGAAUUCUAUUUUCAGACUUAAAGCAAAGAAGCUAUAACCUGUAUGUACAGUACACACUCUGACAAGAAACCUGAAACGCGUUAUUGUAACGAUAAAAAUAAUGCACAGGCAUGGUUACUUAAUAUUUUCUAACUGGAAAAGUCAGCCCUAUUUCCUUGUUUUACUGCACUUAAUAUUAUUUGUUUGAAUUUGUUCAGUAUAAGCUCGUUCUUGUGCAAAAUUAAAUAAAUAUUUCUCUUACCUUA